AUGGGGCCCGCCCAUGACGCCGGGUCUGCGCUCUACCAGUGUCACCACCGAGUUGGAGAGCAGCGCGAUGUUAUUCGCCGCCGCGCUGUGGUGACGGAGAGGGGGGAAGCAUGUUCGGCCGCCAAGCUGGCACCCUGCUCCGAGUCUGUCUCCCCCGUCCGGGGGAGAGGAGGGAGGGGAGAACCGAACGGUGAACCGUGGAGGGAGGCGGGGCAGGAGUUGUCGGUGCCAGCAGGGACCGUGUUGUAUUCGAUGGAGAACCUUGAUGUGCCUUUCGCGAUUGAAGAAACAUCUGGAGAGCUGCUAACAACCAAAGUCCUGGACAGGGAGACAGUAGCCAUUUACAGGUUGAUGGUGAUUGGCAGUGACAAGCAUCCUACUCAGCCUAUGUCAAACUCAGUGCUGGUUACUGUGCUCAUCGGAGAUAUUAACGACCACAGGCCCCAGUUUUUGAACAGCCCAUAUGUGGCCUAUGUACCCACAGAGAUGGCUCCAGGUUCAGUUGUUUGUGCAUUAAGAGCAACGGAUGAAGAUACUGAGAUGAACGCAGAACUACAUUAUUCGUUAUAUGGACAAAGUUCAGAUCUGUUUUCCAUCCAACCCUACAGCGGCACUGUAUUCACUUCCAGUGGUCUCUGGAGAACGGAAGCUAUCGUUGUCAAUGUACAUGUGGAAGAUGCUGGAGAAAAUCCUAAAUUUGAUGUCACUACGAUCAGCAUCAGGUUUCAGAAUGCCUCUGAGUUUCCAGAGAUUAAUGUGAGUGUCAUCAGCGGUUUUCUCUCUGAGGACACGCCAGUCGGAACGUUAGUGGCAGUUGUCUCUGCAGCAAGCAUCAGAGCUGAGCCUGUCUUUUUUUAUCUAGCUUCUGGAAACUUAGAAGACAUGUUUCAUGUGGAGCAAGCGAGUGGAGUUUUGACUGUGGAGAACCCUCUGGAUUAUGAGACCAAAAAGGAGUUUACUUUGUUGGUAGAAGCACGAGACUCUGGCUCGCCUCCUUUCUCAUCAUUUGCAGAAAUUCACAUAAACAUCAGUGAUAUAAAUGAUAACUUCCCUCACUUCACCCAAGCAGAGUACAGGUGUGAAGUCUUUGAGAACUACCCACAAUCCUGGGUCUGUGAUGUUCUUGCCAUUGACGCUGAUUCAGGCAGCUUUGGCACAGUGCAGUACAAUAUAACAGAAGGAAACACAGAGGGUUUUUUCACAAUUGACCCUGAAAAUGGUUUAUUGAGUACCACAGCAAGUUUAGACAGAGAACAUAUCCCGGAAUUUAAUUUAACAGUUGAAGCUUCAGAGCUAAACACCCCUCUUCACAAAGACACCGUAACUGUUAUCGUUGUUGUUUUAGACAGGAAUGACAACGCACCUCGCUUUUCACAGAUUUUUCUUACCGAGGUCAUUGAGGAUUCCCCAGUUGGACACACCAUUUUACAAGUCACCUCAGCCGAUGAUGAUACUGGUGCCAAUGCAGUAAUCUAUUACUCCAUAAUUGACCAAAGUGAUGAUUUGACAUUUAAUAUUGGUUUCACUAGUGGCUUCAUCACUGUUGGAAGACUUAUGGACAGGGAGUUGAAAGAUCAUUAUAUCUUGAAAGUAAAUGCAAAUGAUUCAGCAUGGAGCAUCAGCACUGAAGUCACUAUAAUCAUUGUAGAUGUCAAUGAUAAUGAACCAGUAUUCUCUAAUCCUUUUUACAGCAUUGCACUCACUGAAACAAAAGCUAAAGAGGUGUUUGUUAUGCAGGUUUUUGCAACAGAUGCAGACAUGGGGCAGAACUGUGAGAUCAUAUAUGCUAUAGAACAUGAACAUGAGCAGUUUUGGAUGAAUGCUUCAUCUGAUGUUAAUGAGUAUACUCCUAUAUUCAGAAAAAAAGAAUAUAGCUUUUCUGUAUUUAAAAAUGUUGCCCUUGGAACUAGAAUUGGACAAAUAACAGCUACAGAUUAUGACCAAGGCUCUGCAGGUCAGGUGUUUUACUUGAUGUUUGGUCAAAACAAACAUAUGGGCUUUGAAAUUAACAAACAAUCUGGAGAAAUAUACACAACUGGCAGUUUGAGAAAACAAGGCAACAGUCACGUAGUUUUGAAAAUUCUAGCGAAGAACUCUGGUGUUAUCACUGGCAUGGAUGAAGACGAGGCUUUGGUCCACAUCAGUGUCAUCGACACAAACGAUGCACCAGUUUUUACCUCUGAACUUUAUUUGGCCAAUGUUGAAGAAGAUAGCCCAGUUGGGACAUCUGUGAUAACUGUGAGUGCUCUAGAUGAGGACUCUAUCUUGGACUGGAAUAGUUUCUUCUUCAGUAUUGAAAAUGGAAACACAAACUUCUCUUUUGCCAUUGAUCCAUCAAGUGGUGUUAUUUCAGUAAACUCUACACUUGACAGAGAGCUGUGGCCAGUUUAUAAUCUGACUGUUACAGCCACUGAUAAUGGCUCUCCACCAUCCACUGGGACUACUAAUGUGAUUGUCACUAUUGAUGAUGUUAACGACAACACUCCCAUACUCACACUCACUGAGGCUCAAGUGAAGGAAAAUCAACCUCAAGGCACAUUAAUUGCAACUUUAAAUGCAUCUGAUUCUGAUUUGCCACCAAACCAGGGACCUUUUACUUACUGGUUGGUUAACCUUUCAACGGGUACUGCUUUUUCCCUGACUCCUGAUGGAGUUUUAUUUACCACACGGACUAUCGAUCGGGAACAAAUCUCUUCCUAUCGAGUCCUGGUGGCCGUUAGAGAUGCAGGGGUCCCUCCGCUUUCAUCAACAACAAUGAUCCACAUCAAGAUCAUGGAUGAGAACGAUAACCCUUCACUGCCUAGAAAUAUCUUCAUCGAGGUGAAAUACUUUGGCAGUGCUUUCCAUGGAGGCCUGAUCGGUAACGUCCAUCCUGAAGAUCAGGAUGAGUCUGAUACAUUCUACUGCGCCAUCAAAAGUAGACAACUUAAUAUGUUUACAAUACCUAACGGCACAUGUGAGCUGAUGUCAUCUCCUUUUCAAGGUGAGGCUACAUUAAACAUCACUAUCGAGGCUACAGAUCAGCUUCACUUCCCAGUCAACAACAGCAUCUAUGUAAACUACAAAGGUUUCACUAAUGCUACUUUAGACAGCUGCAUACUAUUUUAUGUGUCAUCAUCCUCGAUGGAAGAGUUUAUGUCUAAUAAGUAUUUGCGCUUUGUGAAAGCUUUAGACAGUCUGUUUAACCUUCAGGCCUCUAAGACUCAUGUAUUUGGAAUCAAGCAUCUUGGCAGUGAGAUCCUUCUAUUGGCAGCGGCGAAAAAUUACAACGGUCAAUAUCUUAGCAAAGAGGUGGCCAGUGGUAUCUCUGUAGGCCAUAGGAAAUUACUGGAGGCUCAAAGCAAUGUGACGAUUACUCGCAUCACAACUGAUCCAUGUCUCACCAGCCCAUGUCAAAACGGGGCAACAUGCAACAAAAACAUUUACAUCAGCCGGGAUGUUGCUGUCCUGGAAAGUUCAGCAGUCAUCUUUGUGUCACCCCAGAAAGAGAUUUUUAAUUGUACAUGUCCAGCUGGCUUCACUGGGAAACUGUGUGAAGAGGACACUGAUGAAUGUGAAGCAAAUCCUUGCAAAAAUAAAGGCACAUGUGUGAAUACUCCAGGAAGUUUCUACUGUCACUGUCAGAGUGGUUUCUCUGGCUUGUUCUGCUCUCCUGAUGAAGACAAAUGCCUGAAAGUGAAGUGCCAAAACGGGGGAACUUGUAUUCCCACGCAGGAUGGAUAUCACUGUCGCUGUGUGCCUGGAUUUGAGGGAGAAAUGUGUGAGCAGCCAACAAACCACUGUAGGUCAGGCCCUUGUGUUGAGGGCAGCUGCACCAAUUCACAGACUGGAUUCUCUUGUCAAUGUCCCUUUGGAGUAAGUGGAGUCCAUUGUGAGGAGCACAGUUAUGGCUUUGAGGAGCUGUCCUUCAUGGAGUUUCCCCCGUUGGAUCGCAGGACAAAUUUAAUCUCUCUAGAGUUUGCAACAGUACAGAGGAAGUCUCUGCUCCUGUAUAACCCUGGAGGAUCAUCCAGCAGGGAUUUCUUUGCACUGGAGAUACUGGAUGGGGCCAUACAUCUCUCUUAUGACCUUGGCUCUGGACCUGUGAGGCUACACACAAACAAACAAGUGGCAGACGGAUAUUUCCACAGUGUCACUGCCAGGAGGAUUGGGAAUAUGGGUUCUUUGCAUGUGGACAACUGCACAGAUGAAGAGAACACUGGAUUCUGUUUUUCACAAAGUGAUGGCAGUAGCUUGAAGAGAACACUAGAUGUUGGCAGUAACAUGACGUUUGGAGGAACCAAUAGUUUUGAAUCUGUUUUACUGCAUCCUGGUCAGAUUAAAACCCAUGACUUUGUUGGAUGUAUUCGUAACACUCAUGUGAAUGGCAUCUUGCUGAGACCUUCAAUGGCCCUAGCAACAUAUAACAUCCUUAAUAGGUGUCCUCGGAUAACAGCAUCACCAUGUCAUAGCAACCCAUGUAAAAACGGCGGUGUGUGCCAUGACCUUUGGUCAUAUUCUAUUUGUGAGUGCAAAAGCAUUUUUACUGGAAGCAACUGUGCUAAGGAAAUGUCAGAGGAGCUUGUAUUGCGAUUUCAUGGGAAUGAAUACAUUGAGUAUGUCAUAAAGGAGCGAUUCAAGAGAGACUAUCUGCUGAAAGGAUUGCUGGAUGAUAACAAAGAGGAAAACAGCAGAGACCAAAGAGUGGUUGAAAUCAAGUUCAAGACCCAAGAAGAUGGGGUCUUAAUAUCUGUUGUUGAAAAGAUAGGAUUCUCUAUGCUAAAGAUAAAAGACAGAAGGCCUGUGUACAUUUUCAAAGAUACACUGUCAGGACACGAGUCAGAGUUCCCUCUGGACUCUCCUGUGGCUGACGGAGUCUGGCAUGUCCUCGCUUUGCUCAGCAUCGGACAGACUACCUUUCUGCUUCUAGAUAAUACAUCAGCCUUAAACAUCACUGAGCACAGGAUGGAUCUCUCUCCUGUUCGUGUGGAAAAGAUUAUUCUUGGUGCAGCUGUGACAGGGUUCACUGGAUGUGUGCAGUACUUCACUGUGAGCGGUUACACUCUGCCUCUCAGUGGACACAGUGAGAUGGUAGAAGUCAGGCCAAGUUCGACUCUUAUCAAGCCGGGCUGCAGCUCUCCAACUGUCUGCCUCCCCUCGCCCUGCUCUGAGGAGGACACAGCCAGACGGCAUUGUCCUUCUGCACUCUGUCAAAACCGUCUGGGUGGGUGUGGACGUGCUGAGCAGAACACAUCCUGUGUCUGUCUACAUAAUGUUUCUGACCAUGCCUGUGAUAUCUGCCUCUCUACAACAGAGAGCCGUAAUCAAUGCCCUGAGGCCCAGGGCAGCGUGCACCUGUGGCUCCUAGCUUUGAUUCUUCCUCUGAUAUCCAUCCUUGUGAUUAUAGGAAUUUGUGUUGCCGUUUACAAAGUGAGGCGUCACAAAGCAGAGGGUCAGACUGAUAACUCGCAACAGAAAACAGAGCAAGGGACUGGCAAUGUAGUGUUUUGCUUUGACGACAACAGAACGCUCACAGAUUCAGAAAACAAGAAACAAAACGUCCCGAUAAGGGCAGAUCAGCCGAGGUUGAAUGUGGAGUUUUACGGUGAUGCAAGUUUGUCAAGUGUUCUGCCAGUGCCAAACAGUGAGCUGGAGUAUUAUGAAAUCGGCAGCAUCUGUAGUGAACUUCAUUCAGACACUGCCUCACUGACGCUCAGCUGGCACAAGCAUCUGUACAGCACAAAGUGUGUGAAAGUUGAUCCAAAGCGGAGGGGAGAUCUGAGGGGACUGUUAGCAGGAUUUAAGAAAGAACACUCCAGUGAAGAGAGGGCAACAUGUCAGACAAAGCCACAAGAUGUUGCUUUCUUAAAUAAGCAGUUGUUGACUAAGAUCGAUUUACAGUAUGCACCACUUUGUCACAAGAAAAGGUUGGUAGAACUAGAGUUCCUGGAUCCUGUACAAUGCCUCACUCUUGAAGAAAUUAGCAAACUAAACACUCCUCAGGACAAAACAAUGUCACAUCGAGCAUCCCUGAGGUCUGGACCUACCAAGUCCCACACGUUGAUCAAUGGCUCUUCUGACAGUGAAACAGACAGCACAUUCACCUGCUCGGAGUCUGAGUGUGGACAGUUUGCAUGCAGCUUCAGACAACAAGGCAUCAUACCUGUCAGCACAUUCUUAAAGCACACCUGUCCUUCUGAUGCAGGUCAGGAUAAAGCUGAGAGUGUUCCCUCUAGUAUGUUUGAGCAAUGGGGAAAUAUUUUAAAUAUGCACCUUCCUUUUAGCAGCUAUGCUCCUGUAUUUGAGGAUAUAGCAUGUCUACCUACUGACCAAAUGUAUAGCUAUGAAAUGCAAAGUGACAUAGAGGAAAUUAUUUGAUGGCCAGUAUAUAGGUGUCAACAAUGGGUCAGGGGGAAAACGUAAGUAUUUCUGCAGUAUGUUGUUCAUUUACAUUUUAGAAAAAACACAACUCAUUCAUUCAUAAUGUUAAUGAGGGUCAUCAAUAUCCUGAGUAAGUCAAACGUAUUAUUCAUACAUUUUGCAGCUGAUUGACUGUAUUGUCUUUUUGUAGGUAGCCUGGACAUUAUUUGUUGCAUUCAUUUGUUUACAUCUCAGGUUCAUGGCACUUGUUUAAACAACCCUGAAGUUAACUUGCUAACCACAAAUCCUGCUUCGUAGCACACAGGCAUACUCUUUAUAUGAUGUUGUAAUGUGAGGUGCAGGUAAUAAAACUGAACAACACAAAAGGAGUACUCUCGAGGCCUGCUCCCCUUUGGAGCACUAGCACAAUAUGGCUUCCAGGACUGAAACACAGGAAAUGGUGAUGACUUUCAUGAUUGUGUAUCUCUUUUAACAUAUUGUAUAAUUACGAUUAAUUUAAAUACAGAGUAUAUUCAUUUGCCUAUGUAUAUGAGAAAACCUUGAAUA